AUGGCAGCUUUAAGCAUCAAACUGUUUUAUCUGCUGAUGGUGAUAUUAGCCAGCAUUUUGCUUUUAAUUCUAACUCAAGCAUCUUUACCACGAAAUUUAAGCUGGACAGACUUCACAGACUAUACCCAGUCCAGAAGACAAGACAUUAAAGUAUUCUGGGAAAAACUAGGAAAGAGUAAUCAAACAACCCAGAGGGGUUUGGUGACAACGACAGGACCUAUGAACACGACAACCCCUGCUCCCGAGACUCCUAUUCCCAUCAUGCUCAAGAAGUCCUUCAAGAAGCUUCCUGAGUGGGACUUUGAGGACAUUUAUAAUCAGGAUGCUCCACCUAGACCAACAACGUGCGUCCAGUCGUUGCAUAACUCGAAGGACGAGGACUUCCAGAAGGCUUUCCUGCCCAACGUACGCUUGUAUCUGAACAGAGACAACUUCAACAUGAGCGAGUGGAACCGGCUCUCACAUUUUAACAACCCGUUUGGUUUUAUGCAAAUGAAGCAUGACGAGGUGAUGGCCGCAAUAAAGCUGCUUCCGAAGGUUAAAGAGCCGCUGCUCCUUCCAAAACCAGGCGGCGACGGCUGCGUGCACUGCGCUGUGGUGGGAACCGGCGGCAUCCUCAACGGCUCCAAAAUGGGAGCAGAAAUAGAUGCUCAUGACUACGUUUUUCGGAUGAACGGUGCAGUGAUCAAGGGUUUUGAGGAAGACGUGGGGAACAAAACCUCUGUAUAUGUUCACACAGCCCAUUCAAUCACUGCAUCCCUUAUUAUUUUCCGAAAAUACGGAUACAAAGCAGCCCCACACGACGAGGGUAUAAAAUAUGUCAUCAUUCCUGAGGGGCUGAGGGACUUCCAGUGGCUCCAGGCUGUUUACAAAGGAGAAAGGGUUGCUUCUGGCGAAUACAAGAAUCGAAACGCCAGAACGUACUAUUCAGGACAGUUCAACGAGAGCCGCUUCUACGUUCUGCAUCAAGACUUUAUGCGAUACGUACGAAACAGGUUUCUAAAAUCAAACAACCUGAAUAAAAGAUAUUGGGCAAUGGUCCGACCGACCAACGGGGCGUUUGCUCUCUUCUUAGCUCUGCAUGUUUGCGACACAGUGAGUGCAUAUGGAUUCAUAACGGAAGACCACAAGAAAUUCUCCAACUACUACUUUGAAAGGUACACCAAAACCCAUAUAAUUUUUUUCAGCAACCACGACUACAUUAUGGAAAAGAAUCUGUGGAAGACAUUCCACGAUAAAAAAAUACUGAAGCUUUUUCAAAGAACUAAAUCAGAAGAAAGGACGGAAAAGCCAACGCAACCUUGA